AUGAUUGACAAUGGUCUAACCCCACUGGAAAUGGUAUCAUCAUCUGAUCGUAAACCAAAACUUCAAUCUCCCUCUUCGCUCACCAUCUUUUUGCCAUCAUGUGAACUUCAAACAAAUGCCAACGACGAAACUGCUUUGCACAUUGCAGCAAGAUAUGGGCACCAAGCAGUAGUAGAAUUCCUUAUUGAAAGGGCAAAAGCUAAUCAUGAAGACAUUGAAAAGGGAAAUGGUGCAGCGAGACAGAUGCUACGGAUGACUAACAAGCAGAAUGGCACAGCCUUGCACGAGGCAGUGCGGCAUAAUCAUAUUGCAGUGGUGAGAAAAUUGACAGAAGAUGACCCUGAUUUUGCAUAUGCUGCAAAUGAUGCUGGUGAGACUCCACUCUACAUGGUUGUAGAGAGGGAAUUCCGAAACUUGGCUCAAAUAAUUAGGAACUUCCACAGCAGCCACUUAUCAGGGCCCUGGGAUGAUUCUAGAGAAACAACAAGAUUUGACCAAAGAAGCAGACAGAGGAGGGUGGCUUCCCCUUUGUUAGAGAACAGUAGGGUGGAUAAAAGGGCAAUCAACAAGGAAAAUCUGAAUGUCCAGGAUAUUGUUAGAGCAAGCGGUCAUAAUUUACUAAAUGCCGAGAUAAGGAUUCUUCAACAAUUUAAAAAGGCCAGUCCUAGAUCAAGUUUGCAAAAGGUUAUCAACCUGGAUGAACAUAGUGAGGAGGAAGAGGAAACCAGCAACGCCAACCACAAUUAUAGGCGUGGAAAAGAAAUAGAUGAAGGACAUAACAGCAAGAAGGAUGAUGAGAAGAAAGUAAAUCAUGAAAGUGAAGAAUUGACAGAUAUUCAUAAAAUUAAAGGGUUUCUAAACCUAGGAGAACAUGGGAAAGACCAGAAUGCCAAGUUUCCCAUGUGGUCAGAAUUGGAAGCACUAGGUAGGAAUGAAACAGAGCUACAGAGAAAGAAUGUGGCGGUAAUCAGGCAACUUCAUAAAAAGAGAGAUAUUCUCAAUCAGCCCACAUCUUUGAAGGGAUCUCCCACUGAAAAUCUUGAAAAUGAUACGACUGAAAAUAGCACAUCCACUGUGUGCUGCCUGGCUUUUCCCUCCCCUAUGCUCUCUAAAGUUAUGGAAGCAAGUGACCCGUUUUCCUGGCAAAGUCAUGUAAAAGGCUGA